UCAGCUUCAUUCGACUCUCCUGUCUUCACUGCAUCCUCUCAGAGAAGCCGAAUCACCUCCAUCUUUCCAGCCAUGGUUUCUAACUGCGGACCAUCCUGCACCGUCCCAUCCUGUGCUUCUACCCCAGUGGUCGGUUUCGGCUCUGCAGGGAAUGGCUUAGGCUAUGGCCUUGGUGGUCUUGGCUAUGGCUGUGGCUUUGGUGGUCUUGGCUCUGCCUAUGGCCUUGGUGGCCUUGGCUACGGAGGUCUGGGCUCUGGCUAUGGAGCCGUCGAAACUUCUGGCAACCUGGGCACCCUGGCCGGAGUCAUCCCUUCCCCCAUCAACCAGAUCCCCCCAUCAGAGGUCGUGAUCCAGCCACCCCCCGUUGUCGUGACCCUCCCAGGAGCCAUCCUGUCCGCUAGCUGCGAGCCCGUCUCCGUGGGAGGAAACACUCCCUGUGCCAUUGGGGGUUCCGGGAUUUUAGGAUCCGGUCUCUAUGGCGGCCUGGGUUCUGGCUUGGGUUACGGAGCCUUUGGAAGUAGGGGUGGAUAUUACGGAAGGAGGUCUCUCCUGGGGCGCCGUGGGAGCGUCUGUGGGAACAUCUGCGUAUAAACCUCUUAAUGCUGAAAAGAAGAUCCCCAUGAAAGCAGAAAUGACCAGGAACGGACAGCCACCAUCGAGUUCUG